CCGACACUCGGUCGCUCGCUCGAUUAAACGCUCUUCUUAGGCUGACGUUUCCCUCUUUAGGGUCGUUGUUCUAGGUGCUCACUAGUAUUCCUCGUACCCUCUAGAUGGCGCUUGCGGCAGCCAUCCUCAUGGCGGGCGCGGGCUAAGCCAAUUCGCCUGAAUCAGAGUAGACGGCCGACCAGUGCGGACAGGGCACUAAGCCAGACCCGAGAUCCGAAAGGUGGAGACAGUUGUUUCCCAGAGUAUACCGAAAACCGAUAAAGCAGAAGAACGUAACGAAGAAAAAUGACGUCUAUCUUCCUCUGUUUGUCGAAGUCGAACGAUGAGUACAAACAAUAGGAAAGCACCAGUACUCGACGAAUCGUGGUGCAAAUUUGUCCAUCCACUGCUUACUAAGCUGCUAGCCGCCUCCAAGUGCCGCUUGCGUCCAUCGCACGCCGAGGAACGGACAGAGGGACAAAUGGACUAAGUCGCAUUUACUGAUCCUGCAAGGGAGCUAGUAACUAAUUAGAAAGCCACAAUCCGUAUUGCAGAGCGCCUGACGUCAAUAACACCAUUAGCAGAGAAAAUAACAGGAAGGAAAAGAGAUUGUAACAUUUAACUGCGUCGUUCGGAACAGCUAUCGAAUCACCAAUCCGCCUGGCUAUUCAGUAGCUGUUUUCCAGGCACUACUACUUACCAUCGGUUUUAACUGAGAACUCCGGAUCGUCAGAUCCCUUAAAUUACAGUCCUAUCACUAUUUUAAACCAUGAACAGCAGAAGUUGACGCUGUUGAAACCAAAAUAGUAAGACGAGUUAGCCAGAAGAUCCUAACAGAAACAGGGCAACGACGACAAUGAAAACAAGAUCAAAAACGGGACAAUAGGCGGCUGUGAAGACGGAGGCAGGACCGGCAACACAAGCAGCAGCGAGAGAAGGUACAGUAAAUUACAAGCAGAAGUAAAACGGAUAAUGUGUCGUACAUCCUUUUUUCCGCGAAUCUAGGAUGGCACAACCACUCACCAUGAUACCCCUACUCCCCUAGGCCUUUGUUCUGUCUACCGCCCUUUAGUCAACCCUUGAUCCGCCAAACGCGUUUCCUGCAACUACCAAUCUCCGUCGCCAAACGUGCCGCCAAAUUGAAGUUUCCUGGUGGAAAAGAUGUAGAAGAAAGAUUUGUUCGUGCUACCGUACCAGGGUCAAUCAGAAAAUCGCGGAUCAGACAAUCGGAGCAAAUAAGGUAUUAUGUAAUAAAGCACGCCUUAUCGUGCUCUUUAUCUAGUCAUCGGGACCAGUAAAGAGGAACCUAAAUAGAAAAAGGACAGAUGACAAGAUAGCACACGACUCGACUCAUUCAGUGGAUUGGCCGUAAUUAAGUUUUGGUAGCAACAAGAACCUUUAUGACCGGAGCGUUCGACUUAGUUGGAGUCAAACCAGCGAUCGAAAAUUUAGCGAGAGUCAAGGCUCCGAGCAGCCGUCAAAUCGCCCGUGAUGUGGCAUUAUGCAACUUCAGUAGACGAAAGUUUCAAUAAAUCCCCUCUAGUGUAAUCUCGUUCUGUUAGUGCUUCAACAUCAGUGUACCACCAUCGUCAUCUUUUUCUUCCGCUACCUCUUCGGUUCUAUCUGUGCACCUGUCGUGGAAGAGGUAGGAAGCACGUGAAGAGUGAAACUUUGCGAAACGACUGUGUUCACACUUUUCCCGUAAUAAAUGUCAGCGAAAAAUAAAUCGCCAAUUAGAACCCAAUCAAAGAGGGACAGAAUAAAAUGCUUGAGUAGAACACGCUGUUCGAAGAAUAACGAUGCGGACGCCGAAAUGAUUAUCAGAAUUCUUUGAAAACAUCAACCUAACGAUAAAAAAAUGAGAGGUAAGGUCCGCAACUGUUAACUCGACCCUGCUAAAUAGAAUCGUCGCUUCGUUAGCAUUAGCACCGAUGGCAGCAGCGGCCGCCGGCUACAGAAGCGUUGACACAGCUGGCGAAAGAGUUACGGGCCCACCACGUAGCGCUUCUGUAUAGAGCCGGUGUUCUACAGAGGUACAAUCAAAGGGGUAGCCUCGACAUCAGCUGGAGUACUGGCGGGGAAGCAGUUCGACCACUAACGGUUACCGCUUUUCGUUAGCGCGGGCACAGAAAUAGGUGGAGAACGAGCGAAAAAUACAAAUCAGUGCAGUGUCUAUUUACUUAGAAAACGUGGCAAAGGCAAAUAGGGCCAGACAAGGUGAGAAUGACUAAAUGGAAAAGUAGCUGCCCUUAAUGUUUCACCAGCUACUUUUAGCUAACAAAUCUCAAGGUCAUUCAUGAACAUAGAUAUCCUAGAGAGAAAGUGGAUGGUCCCUGCCCAAUACAAUAACUAGCCCUCUCACUACCAUUACUAAUAACACUGUAAAUGAUCAACCAAUAAUAAAAACCUUUUUGAAAGAUUUUCAUCAUACCAAUAACACUAUGAAAGAUCAACAAUACAUAAACAAAAGUACCUACAACGUUUGAAUGUCAUUGAAUUACUAAGUGAUGAUUUGUACGUCGUAUAACAACGAAAAUAACACCAGUGACAUAACAGAUCCUUCAACAAUACGAACAAAAAAGAAAGGAGUGAACAUUAAUUAAGACUGUUCGCCCCCUCUGGAUCCCACUAGAGCCCUUGUCCCUUUUCAGCGCUUGCGAACGGCUCCGGCAGGUUAUAUAGCCAGACAGCCGUAUUUCAAACUAAAGAAAGAUCUGCAUUUGUGCGAUUUUGUUUUUCCUUGAUAAUAAUUCUAACACCGUUGGUGACAAUGAACAACGGCGGUGGCGGCAACGACAACAAAGUCGCCAGCCAUCCAAAUCAUAGGAAUGGUGACUAGGGCUAAAUUGGCCUAUAGGGAAGCGACUGUCUCAACCAGAAGGCAGCCUAAGUACCAGAACGAAGCGAACGACAGAGAUUUCUGCAGUUGUUUAGAGAAAUCUCUAUCUACAUGCUGCACAUGGGUUAAUUAACCCAAUAUGGGUGUGAAAGAACAACAACCACAGCUUCAGUGUUAGUAUCAACGCCGGGUUAACAGUGUUACUUCAACGACUCCUCGUAUACCGAUGACCAUCAUACGGCUGUAGCAAGUUUAAAUAUAAUAGGAACAAUACCAGCAUCGAGUUCAUAAGCAGCGCGUGUUUAUAGUGAUAGAUAGAGAAAGAGGUGUGGCUGGUCUUCAGGGAAGUGAGUGUCCGCCGGAUAGACCCCACAAUUAGCACUAGGACUACACCUCACUUCAAACCGCAUCUUGUGCCUAACGGAUUACCUUAAUAUCAAAUGUGAACUCCGGAGUUCAGCCACACUGGGUAUGCGCCUGCUGGUACUGCAAGUACCAGCAGGGAUGGAGGGCAAAGGCAAACAUUGGAACGCGACGAAGCAGUCUAACAAGCAUCUUUACGAGGACAUGAUCCCAUUUCAUCUGCUACGCCUCUCACCUUGAACCGCACUAACUCACUUUGGUCCUGACGGCGUCUGACAGCGACGAGAAGGCAGCACCGAUGAUGUUCCCGAGGAGGUUCCGGGAGAUGCGAAUUGGCUUUGAGAUCAGGCAAGCGCAGCAGUGCUUCAUCAUCUUUGAGCUUAAGUUCGAGCCCAUCGUCAAGAGUUCGUUUCGGGUCCGAAUUCCGUUCCCUUCACUGCGCAAGGCGCUCCGACGGGCCACCACCGCUGCCGCUGGCCGCAACAAGUGGAGUAAGGCCCCACGAAGCUGCCAGGGGACAGCUGCCGAUAGUCCUGCGGCCUCGCAAGAUCCACCGUGCACGCAGCAGCAGAAGACAACGAAGAAUAACAACAACUUAAACAUUAACUGCGCGCAACAGUUUGGUCAGAUUUCGGCAACGAAUCUUGCUAAAGACGUAAAUACAAGCAGUAACUUAAACUCGUUCGCGCUGCCCAAUAAUCAACGCACCAACAAUAGCAACGGCCAACAACCGAAACCUUCCUACAAGGAAUCAAAAAAGAGAUCAGACGUUCGGAAGACUUUUUCGUCUCCCAAACGAAAACUAGAAAGACAUACUGCCACGUCGUGCCGCUCCCAGUGUUAUUUAUUGCGGUAGAGUCGUUUUAUUUUUUAUCGCUGUUGUCUGCUCGACAGCUGGUGACGGUGGGUGGUGGUCGGCUGGUGCCAUGGCGGACGAGGACGUCGAGGGCGGCCUCUUACUGCUGGGAGACACGGGGCUGCAGGAAGUCGAUGGCCACUCGCAGCCUCCCUUCGAUGCCGCCUCGGCUCAACCCCCGUCGCCGUUUGGCUCAGCCGCUACCGUUUGCCAGGGGCCGUUGGCCACCCAGCAGGGUUUUCCCAGGGGAGCUGCCCCACCCCUUGUGUCGUCGACGCCACUGCAGAAGUUCUUCAGCGAUCACCCCCAGGUUCGAGAGCCGGUGGCACGAUACCCGGGGGGAUCUGUUUUUACCCCCGGAAAUGUUACGGCUGCCGGCGUUGUUGGCGGCGGUCUCAGCCAACGCGCCUCCUCCACUUCGCUGGGACUUUCCCCGCGCGGCAGCAUCACCUCGCCUCGCCGAGAAAAGACCGCUACCUUCGAUCUCACCGCACCGACCAGUUUGAUAGAUUCGUUGCGGGGGUCGGUGGCUUCGGCGGAGGCUGCCCUACCGCGGCCGGAGGGGAUGCUCACUCAUGAAGAAAAACGGUUCCUGUUGGCCGUCGAAAGAGGUGAUCUCGCCACUUCUAGGAGGAUUCUGUCGUUGACUCCUGCGGGCCAAUUGAAUAUCAAUUGCACAGACCCGCUGGGCCGCUCAGCAUUGCUCAUGGCCAUCGACAAUGAGAACCUCGAGAUGAUCGAGCUGCUGCUUCACUACAAGGUGGACACCAAGGACGCGCUGCUGCACGCCAUCUCCGAAGAGUAUGUGGAGGCUGUUGAAGUCCUAUUAGAACAUGAAGAAGCGAUCAAGAAGGCUGGCGAGCCUCACAGCUGGGAAGCCAUCGAGCGGGACACAGCGACCUUUACACCCGACAUCACUCCGUUAAUACUGGCCGCGCACCGAGACAAUUACGAGAUCCUAAAAAUCCUACUGGAUCGGGGUUACACCUUUCCAGCGCCGCACAGAGUACGCUGCGGAUGCGCAGACUGCGUACGUUCCAGGUAUGAAGACAGUUUGCGGCAUUCACGAUCUCGGAUAAACUCGUACCGGGCAUUAUCCUCCCCCAGCCUCGUAGCGCUCUCCAGCAAAGAUCCCAUCCUCACCGCGUUCGAGCUCAGCGGCGAGCUGAGGCGACUCAGUUUCCUCGAACAUGAAUUUAAGGCAGAGUAUAUGGAACUCCGCCGUAAAUGCCAGGACUUCGCGACGGCCCUAUUGGACCACACGCGCACCUCGUACGAGCUAGAGGUGAUGCUGAAUUACGACCCGUCGGGGCCAGCAUUCGAGCACGGAGACCGUAUGCAUUUGUCCCGACUCAAGAUGGCCAUAAAGUAUAAGCAGAAAAAGUUCUGUGCCCACCCGAAUGUACAGCAGUUGUUAGCUUCGAUCUGGUACGAGGGGCUUCCAGGAUUCCGAAGGAAAAACAUAGUUCUACAAAUGAUGGAAAUUUUACGAAUUGGUCUUUUAUUCCCGAUUUACUCCGUGGCCUAUAUUCUUGCGCCACGUUCCGAAUUGGGACGAACGCUCCGGAAACCGUUUAUCAAAUUUAUCUGCCAUUCUGCCUCGUAUAUCACGUUCCUUUUUUUGCUGAUCCUUGCAUCACAGCGAAUUGAGACAGUGAUGAUAGAAUGGUUUGGCACCGAAGAAAUGAAGAAGGAAAUGCGCGACGAUAUCACAACAAAACGGGGCGCUCCGCCCUCUAUCGUUGAAUGGAUUAUUCUUGCCUGGGUGUCAGGAUUAAUAUGGAGCGAAAUGAAGCAAUUAUGGGACCUCGGAUUGAUGGGGUACGUGAGCGAUAUGUGGAAUAUCAUCGACUUCAUCACCAACUCGCUUUACGUCGCCACUGUAGCACUGCGUCUCAUCGCAUAUUUACAGGUGCAAAAGGAAAUCGCGCAAAACACGGGAACGGCGUACCUGCCGCGCGAAAACUGGGACGCCUGGGACCCGAUCCUGAUCGCCGAGGGUUUGUUCGCGACAGCCAACAUCUUCAGUUCUCUACGGCUAGUCUAUAUCUUCUCUGUGAACCCUCAUUUGGGGCCCUUACAAAUCUCUCUCGGUCGCAUGGUCAUUGACAUUGUAAAAUUUUUCUUCGUCUACACUCUCGUUCUAUUUGCCUUCGCCUGCGGGAUGAAUCAACUUCUUUGGUACUAUGCUGAUAACGAACGUCAGCUGUGCCAGACCCUUUCGGCUGGUAACGCGAGCCAACCCGUAGGCGGGAGGAGCGAAUACGCUGUGUGCUUCACCUGGAGGCGCUUCUCCAACCUUUUCGAAUCAUCCCAGACGCUAUUCUGGGCAAGCUUUGGUCUGAUCGACCUAAAUAAUUUCGAACUUGUGGGCAUCCAGAGUUAUACGCGCUUUUGGGGUCUACUAAUGUUUGGUUGCUACUGCGUUAUCAACGUAGUUGUGCUGCUCAAUCUGCUUAUCGCUAUGAUGAACCACUCGUAUCAGAUGAUUUCCGAACACGCGGACGUCGAGUGGAAAUUUGCGCGUUGCAAGCUGUGGAUGAGCUAUUUUGAAGAUGGCGGUACUGUGCCGCCCCCAUUCAAUAUCAUACCGACGCCUAAAAGUAUUGGCUAUCUGUGUUCAUGGUUCUGGCGAAAAUUCUGUGGCCACUCAAGGAGCGCCAAGAAGGAGCACCUUAAGACGAUACGGCGGAAGGCUCGCCAGGCGAGCGAGCGCGAUCUCAAAUAUCAGAGCAUCAUGAGGAAUCUCGUAAGACGAUACGUUACAAGCGAACAGCGGCGUGCGGACAACCAAGGGGUGACCGAAGAUGACGUAAACGAAAUCAAACAAGAAAUUUCCUCGUUUAGAUAUGAGCUCCUUGAAGUGCUCAAGACCAGCGGGUUCAAUACUUCGAUGGCGUCAGGAUCAGUAGGCGGUUUAGGAGGCGGUAAGAAAGGACGACAACGGGAACGCCGACUGAUGAAGGGAUUCAAUAUCGGCCUAAUCGACAGUUCUGUUCCAAGUCUCCCAGAGAUCAAUGUCGAAGAGAUGAACGUCACGUCACGGAAGCCACCUGGCUCUCGGUUGGCCCGCCUCGCGAGACUCGCAAGCAAGAAGAGCAAACUGCGCCGUAGUCGCUGGGGGCAUCUGGUGGAGGCCACUCGCAAUGCGCGGGCGGCUUUUUCACGGAGCCGCUCCGAGGACUCGGUUAGCAGCCAAAACAGCUACGAGCCCUCGCGUUCCCACCACCGUACUCAUUCCCACCACCAGUCUCAGCACCAUACUCAUUCGCAUGAACAUCAUCAGCAUCAACGGCAGCCGAACGAACCGCAUCGACUCGACAAUCUGUCAUCGGGAUCGUCCGACAAUGACCUACAUCACGUAAGUUCGUCGCGCUCGGAAACUGCGCUCUCGAUGAGGAAUCGCUUUUCUAAGAAGCUCAGGAACUUCAGCCGGUCGAAGCUUAAGCUUGCCUUUUCGGCCGAAGGUCACCGUAAGGCGAUCGCCGAGAAGAAGUCCGCGUCGAGGACACUGAGCGCGCCACCCACGUCUUUGCGUCAAUCGCAGCUCUCGUUAGCGCCUUCGAAACGUCAUGGCGAGCGUGGUUACAACAACACGACGAACUUCAAUGCAUCAACGGGUGGAGCAGCAGGAACGAGUGAAGGCAAUAGAAGAGGGGAAGCAGCAGAAGCAAUCGGUGCUGGACAGGCAGACGGAGCCUCUGAUUUGAUGCGCACAGGUGAGAAUAAUUGUUGCAAAGAUAACAACAACGAACAACAGCAACAACGUGGGGGUGUUGCUGAGUGCGUACUCCAGCUGCAGCGGCAGGACAGCGUCGACAUGUCAGCCGGCCACUCGCAUUCGCACUCGUGUAACGCCCUUAUUAUCGGGCUAAUGGCUUCGCAUAACUUGCCUACGCCGGGCUUGUCGCCGAUCCCGAGCUGCGCCAGUUCGAAAGUACCCUCGCCGAGGAAUUCUAUAAAUGACAGUACUUUCGAGCCGGACGAUGACAGAUCUAUAUCGUUACAAAUCGACAGAAUGCCGGAAGUGGUUAUCGUCGAGGCGUCUUCCGACGAGAACCAGCUUCCGCUCCAGUCGCAGUCACAAGCACCAUCCCCAGCGUUGACAAUGUCAACAGCAAUGACAACGCCACUGCCGCAGGCCACUUCAAGGCGGCAGUAUCUAGCUAGCAGCCAGACUACCGGAGGUUCGGUAGCGUCGGUAGCAGCGAUAGCUGCUGCCGCUGGAGCGGUAGCAAUCCGUAUGUCCGGAUCGGCGGGUUCGAGCCCUUAUCCAACUCCGGGAUCUCCUGUAGCCAGUGUAUCUUCUGCUGAAUCAUUGGACUCACUUCGUCACCAUCAGCGGUCGCCCACCUCGCCUGGUGCUACGUCCGGCGUUUGCACGAGUCCCCGCUCGUCUGAAACAGGUGGAAAUCGAGUAACGCCCGGAUCUGCUGGGUCUGGAACACCCCACCAACUAGCGCCGCCAGCAUCCCCUUCCGGCCGCUCACACGACGCAGGUGCUAAUGGACUACCACUAUUAGUUCGAAUGUAUGGCAUCGAGCCCGCCAAUAAACCCAUGAAUGUUGAAUGGAUCUAGACAAACACCCUGUCAGCUGUGAACCGGCCGCAGCAUUGAUCCUUUCAUCGACAAUUUACAUGCACUGAUGCUAUUACGUACCACUGAAAGGUCACUGUAAUGUGCGCUUCAUUUAUAACCAAGCACGAUGCAUGUUAUAGCAUUGCCGUUGUUUCUAAAAUAUAUAUUACUACAGUAUUAUCUAUUACGAUCUAAUGCAAGCAUCAAAAAUGAAUUUCUUUUGCGCAACCUUCCCGUUGUAGUUGCUCCAUCGGCGCAUCUAGCUUCGAAGGGUUAGCCAACAACUUCAUGAAGACUAGGCGAACUAAUUGUGUCUUGAGGGGAUGCCUUUUCCUUUGCCACAUACAAACGACCAGAUAAAUACAGAUACGGAUACGCGAAGGAGGCAAUCAAUAAAAGCGUCUCGACACUCGCAGCAAAGCAGUAGCGUGUCAAGCAUAGCGAGCAGAACCCCCGCAGCUAGAAUAGAGAGACCAACAAGAAGACAGAACGACUAACUAGCGAAGAACGUACCUAUAAUGCGUUGAAGUAGUAAGGACGUUCGUUCAAUGAACGCAAGCUGCCUUCCAUUGCUGCUAUUCCUUCCAAUUAGAUCGUUCACAAGCCAAACAAGUAAUCUGCUUGCUCCGGCUAGAUGAAAGUUCAAGCCAAAUAAAUGAAUAACUAUGUCGACAUCGUCAUCGGGGCACCGUAGAACGUGCGUGACAGGAUGCCGUGUGCAUCAGUUUUCUAAACAGUAAUCAGACGUCAGUGAUCAGACGUAGCGCCUAUUGACGCAGACCGCGGCAUCAUCGACGCCGUUUGCGCUGGUAAUCACAAUUAUACGGCGCAUACGCAUAGUACGAUACUUCGUGCAUUUCGUCUCGCUGUGUUCUGACUAUACAAGUUCAUUAUUCAGACCAUUAAGUGGACUGUGGAGCGACCAUCCACUCAGCGGUCUGAACUGAUAAUAUAAUAGAAGAUAUUGGCUAUAGCGCUAUCUUUACGUUUGACGGCCUAACCCCUCUUCGCCUAGGAAACAGGCCACAGUUAUUCGACGUAUCAAAACAGGCACUAGGGUUUGAAGAUCAUUUGUUGUUAACCAGUUUUCAUUUCGCAAGCUAACAACAGGAGGAAAGCCGUAUAUAUUUGCCUAACGUUUCGACCACUAUAUUUUAGUAACGACGACAACGAUAACGCUUAUGCAGUUAGUCGUAAUUUUGCUUUGCUGAGUUGUCAACAAUUUUUUGUUGCUAGCCAAUACGUCGGAGUACGUAAAUGCUCGUCAUUGUACAAAGUAGACGCCUUCGAACAACAUAGAACUAAGGAAGAUACAAACCAAGUCGAAACGAAAAAGAAGAUAGAUGUGGCAAGAUGAAGGACGAAGCCAGGAAAACCCAGAAAUUUGAAGCAUGUUCAUAUGUGCUAAAUGGCAGAAAUAAACUCAGCUGGUAGAAGUAGACGCUUACGUCGCUACGGUAAUUAUGAUGAUGUUGAUCAGAUGAUGUAUGCGAGCUACAAUGUCGCGAAACUUAUAGGAACGAAAAAAACUGCACAGGACGCGAAACUAUACUAUAUACAGAUAAUGAGGAAUAGAGAGUGGAGCUGUUUUCUACUACUGACGAGUGACUGUACUUCACGAGUAUAUAUUUAGAAAUAGCAUUAAUUCGAUUAGAUAACUAAAAAUGAUAAUGCUAAACCGAUACUGUAACGGUGAUGAUCGUAUAAUGAUAAAUAGCCCAGGUGGGUCCCGCUUCCGUGCCAUGUCACGUAAAGCUGUCGCUAGCAGCCAGUACGCGCUGCUUGGAAUCAUGGCCGAACAAAUGGGCACGAUCUGUCUAAUGUAACUAAAUAGGUGAGGUUGCCUGAACAAGUCGAACAGCAUGUGGAGGUACAUACACAUUUUUGACUUGCACAUUUUUAUCAAAUCUCUUGUACGAUACCACAUUAUUACUACGGACAACAAAAAUGAAGUUAGGAGCAAUCAUGUAACUAUAGAAAAACAUGCGUGUAAUUAUGAUAAUAAUAGUAGAAACUAUUUAGUAACCAUCUGCGCCAUUUGUCUCGAUUGCCACACCCCUUUUCUAGUUCUCCUCAGUUUUCCUGAUUCGGACGCCAUAUUUUCUUACUGCACAUACAUUGGACCAACGAUUGGAUGAUUGCAGAAAUAGUCACCUACGAUUUAUUCUGUUUUUUUUUUUAGCACCCUGUAUAAUUCGUUCAGACUAUUACAUAGUAUGUUCAUUUCAGGCUCUUCUUAUUAUUGAAAGCAUUCCCUUUAGCUAUCGAUUGAUGGUCUAUAACCUCGUGAAGGAUCACAGCGUUCGCCGGUUCUUUAUGUUAACAUCGUGUAUGCCCUUGUCACCCCUUUGAAAAUAAUCGCUUAAUCUAGCUUGCACGUUUAACCGGGUGAAGUACGGACGCCUUAAAAUAUCGCUGCACUUUAACGGUAAUGGGGAGCCGCUACGGCCAGGAUUCAACGAAAACUAGCGCAGGAGAAAUGAAGCAAUAGGCACGAAUUUGUCCAACCUAGCCUUACUGUGAAACCAAGCCAGGUACGAAGUAGUGUAAACCAGACCCUAAGUUUUGUCUAAAUUUACGUAGCUUAUAGAAAAGGACUUAGUAACAGAGUGGGCAGCUAAAAUAAUGCAGUUAUCAUAACGUAGGUCGAUUAUAAGGCUUAGAAAUGCUCGAAAGAAGGCCAUAAAUAGAACUGUUAUUGAAGGAUUUGCAACUCGAGGGUAGACAUCCGGGAAAAAUUGUGCUCUAUAAAUCAUUCUUCUUAAUCGAGAUCGUCACCUAUUGCUGCUGGUCUUACCAGAUUCAAGCUACCAUUUUAACUGGCAAUAACAAAUAGUAAUUAGUAUUACCGCUAGAAACUUAUUAGUGUUAUUAUGUGAUCAAUAAUGACCCUAUUUCGUUUGCUCGAUUGGGGCAAUAUAGUGUUUUUCUUGUUCGACAUGUGGAAAACGAAAUUUAGUUUUUGAAAGGAUCUAUGCUUCUGCUUAGGCAUCUGAAGUAGCAUAAGUGUUACUGAUAACAAUAAUAAUUACUAUAGUAAAAGAACCUCAGCAUCAUCGCGUCCAUCAACGCCAUGACCCAUCUAUGACAGAGUGUUUGUAAAUUUUGAGAACACACAAACAAACAUAUUGGCCAGCGUUAUACAUACAAUGCAGUGAGGAAGUGCUCUACAUUGAGCAUUUAUUGGACAAAGAGAAAUAUUGUUCCGACAGCCCCUUCAUGUUAAUUAGUUAUUCAGCCACAUGUCCUAAGUAGAUUUCUAUAAAGGAACGUUCUCCCAGAAAUGAUAUUUAUUUGUAAUAAUUUAUAAUAAUGCAAGGACCAACAAAGGUGCAUUUUUAUCUCGCUCACAGCCUUCGUUAGGUUUUCCCGGUUAACUCAGAGACAGACUGACGCACGAUGGUGCACGGUGGUGGAUGUUCCUUUUUAUUCACCUUAGUUGAUAAGAGUCAGCUGAACUUUAAAUUUUGAAAGUUAAUAAAGUUGGUUCGAAACUAAGAAUUUCCUCAUGCAAAGGUAAGAAUGUCAGCGAUCGAAAAAUCUGGGCAGGCUCUCUGCCACUUUGCGUGUCACUCAAGGCAGUGCUAAGCCGUGGAUAAUUAGCGACGCUCACAUGUAAUAGUCAAUGUUGUCUCUUUAGAAGGGCAACGAUCAACAGAAAAGCCCGAGCCAAGUCCUAAAUCGACGGACUCUACAGGCGACGUUGCGGCGCCCGAUCCAACUCGUUCUGAGAACUUACACGUCGGACUGAAUUGGAUUAUAUGGGCUAGGAACCGUAUACGGGGUUGCAAACCUACUGGGCAUUACGGAAACUUCUUGUUUGCCAUCAACAAACGAAACAGGUAGCAGAAAAAGUGCAAUGUCCGAUUACGGCGCGAAACAGAAAAAGGUCAUAUGGACGUUACAAGUGCAUGAGAAAAUAGCAAUCAGGAUAAAGACGGAGGCGCCGUUUUCCGGAUAACAAUAAUAAUAAUUAUUCGAUUGACUUAUUAAAAGGUUUAUAAUUGCCACACUGAUCAUAGUUGCUAUUAUUAUUACGAUAGGACAAUGCCGUUUACUCAAAUGUAUGAUUUUUAAUCACUGAUUAUGCGAGAGAAGCGCGUACCGGUCCGUAUAUAGCAGCUGAACGAGUAUAGGACACGCGUAGUACUUAUUUGUUGGCUGGUGUCGAUGGCUAAAACAAAUAGGAAGAAAUUGCUUGGGAUGUGUACUGGCUCGCAAGAUAGGCUAAUCAUAACGCGUGCGGGCCGAAAUCUUCUUAAUUGAAAAAAGAAAAAAGCCUAGAUGCCAGCCCGUCGCUCACGACCCUCCGGAAGGUCACAUACGUUUUCACCGGGCUCUACAAACAAGGCCAAACUUGAUGAUGGACAGCCAUAUCGUUCAGGUUGGCUGGCAUAGUACCCGAUAUAGAAAUCUCGCUUGACGUAUUUUCGAACAAGAGCUACUUCGAGGUUCACUACACGAGUACAAUUAGCACGACAAUAAACCGAAUAAUGUCAUGGAUAAUAGUACUUUGAACUACAUACGCACACACACAUACUGAGCUAGAGUUCUGAUCAAACGUCUGAACCUCAAUCACAGUACAUGCGCUUAUUUGGUACAUUUAUUUUGCGAUCCGAUUUUCAAUGUAAUAGAGUCAUUAACGAACGGUGUUGAACAAGCGGUACUGGCCCCAUGACGGUGCAACAGUUGACUUCGGGGAGGCGUAUGCGAUGUAAUAUUGCUGGGAGCCCGAAUACUCGUCGCGCAGUAUAGGCGCCGUACGUAAAUACGUGGUCAAUACGUGAAGGGAAAUCGGGCUUACCCGGGACCAACCCAGCCUAACGACUCUAACCUUCCAGCCUUUCUGCCGCCGUAGACUAUAGGUCAGCUUUUACUAGCGGCAGAGUUGGUAGAGAAGGAUAAAGUUAUUAUAUAACAUGAUAUAUUGCAUUUAUUGUUUUACGAUAGUCGACACACGUUGCUCUCUACCGUUCCAGGUUAUGAUAUGCAAUACACCCUAUAUAUUCUAAAUAUUAGCUAACUCUAUCGAGCUUGCACAUCCUUCUCCGUCCUUAAAAAGGUUACACAUAUAGAAAUAACCCGCUAAUAUUUACAUGCUCUGCGAGAGGUCUAUUAACUGAACAAUCCUAUGGAAAUUGUUUUUGCUUUUGUCCUGAAGCCAAAGCCUCCUACACGCUGUAGUAGUGGUUGAAAGGUUUAACAAACCGAUGAACGUUGCCUGGGUAUCGACCGCUGGUUGUUAAAACUCGGAGAUGGGCACUCCGAUGUCUAUCGUAUCCUCCGAUUUGUAGAUAUCUGCUAUGUCUAAGCUAUACAUGGAGAUCACUCUGACAGAAUCCCUUCUAUUAAUUUUGGCAUGCGUUAUGCUUUUCGUUUACCAUAGCAGAAAUGCAAUUAUAUGGUGCAUACUCCAAGCCAUUUUCAGGACAAACUUAAAACUUAUAUAUAAAUUGCUUAUUUAUGUUGUUCAUUAACUGGCUCGUUACCAAAUAGCCGGGGGCCUUACGUUUGAACCUUACAUAAAUUGAACGCAGCGAAAAUCCUUCGCCGCUAAAUGACGUCCCCUCUUCCAUAACGAGAAAGCGGUCAACAUAGUAUUCUUCCCAUGCGCCAACAUAAUAAUAGUGUAUACUCUGAAUGGAAAAGGAAAUCAUUGCUUGCUACCUAUACGUACGACAAAAAAACAACACUAGACAAAAACAAAAUGGUUGAAAUAGAACAUUAACACAAGUAUGAGUAACGAAAAUUAAUAGUAAUACGAAAGAGAAGGAGAGCAAAUGAUCGACAGGAAAAAAAAGGCUCUUGUUAGGAGGUACUUGUACAAUGCUGUAUCUAA